AUGAGGAGCCAUCCCCUCCACCAGCCGCAAGAGUUGGCUGCCAUCGUCGAUCGAUUCCGUCCCGACUGGUCACCUUUUGAGGACAUCUGCAAAUAUAUCCACUCGCACCCUGAAUUAGGCACCCAGGAGUCUCAAACGGCGGCUCUUGUGGCUCGGCAUCUCACCGAUCUUGGCCUCGAUGUGAAAGAAGGCAUAGGUGGUUACGGCCUCGCCGGUAUCCUGCGCAAUGGCCCUGGUCCCAUCGUUCUGAUCCGUGCAGAACUUGACGCUCUCCCGGUGCUAGAAGAAACGGGGCUCCCAUACGCGAGCAAAGUUUGCGCGCGCGACAGCAAUGGAGUCGAACAAACACUGAUGCAUGCCUGCGCUCAUGACCUCCACAUAUCCUGUCUCCUGGCGACCAUACACCUGCUCAUAGCUGCCAAGUCGUAUUGGAACGGAACUGUGAUCUGUGUUUUUCAGCCGGACGAAGAGAGGGGGAGAGGUGCCACGGCUAUGGUGGAAGAUGGGCUAUACGAAAAGAUCCCUAUCCCCGACCUGAUUCUCUUUCAGCCCGUCGACCAUCAACGGACGGGCACCGUGUCGAUCGGUUCGGGCCCCACACAAGCGGCAGCAGGUUCCUUCGACGUGAGAAUCUUUGGACGCGGGGGCCACGGAGCCCAGCCAGAAAGUUCCAUCGAUCCGAUUGUCAUCGCCAGCUACAUCAUUGUCCGCCUCCAGAGCAUUGUGAGCCGAGAUAUCGCGCCGUCAGACGUGGCCGUCAUCACGUGCGGGAGUAUCCAUGCCGGCGAAGCCGAGAACAUCAUCCCUGAUUUCCUAGACUUUAAACUCAACAUCAGGACUUUCAAUUCCCAGGUCCGGAAGAAAGUGUUGGAGAGGGUCAAACAGAUCAUCACGGCCGAGUGCGAAGCGUCCAACGUCCCCGAGCCUCCCCAGAUUACGGUGAGAACGACAUUUCCAGUGACGGAUAACAACGUCGCCAUCGUCGAGAGGCUGAGGAAUACGUGGCAACCCUGUUUUGGUGACAGCUUGCAAAUAGACGUGCCGAAAGCAGCCAGCGAAGAUUUGCCCAACUUGGCUAAUCCGCAUAAUAUCCCGUACGCGGUAUGGUUCUGUGGAGGCACGGAUGCGGAGAAAUGGGACGACGCGGCGCGACGCAAUCAGCUGGACCAGAUCCCCAGAAAUCACAGUGGUCUCUUUGCCCCCGUCAUCGAACCCACUCUUCGUACAGCAAUCAAUGCCAUGUCUCUCGCAGUUCUCACAUUUGUGACCAAUGGAUCUUCUUUAGUCGCUUAA